CCAAAAGAAAUAAAGAAACAGUGAAAAGGCUCCAUCAAGCAGCACUCUCCUUCCAUUUUUAUUUUAUCAAAAUCUCCUUUUUUUCAGUUUUUCAUGUCAUCAAUCCAGAUCCAUUUCUCCAUAGCUCUACUGAACCUGAAAUCGUAUGCAUGUGGGAAUCUACAUUAAUUGAAGAAAGAAGAAGAAGAAGAAGAUUCUCGGAACCAGCUAUGGGGUUUUGUGUGGGGUUUGCUUCUUCUGUUUGGAUUCAUCAGGCUCGAUUCCUUGGAUAAAUCAUUCUUUUUUCCUGGUAUUUUUUUAUUUUUUUUUAAAUUCAGUUACUAUGAAGGAAAAUUUAUGGGAUUGGAGGCAUGCCCGGUGGAUGGAAGAUAUGAUCUGAAAAAAUAAUUAGAGUAAUUAAACUUUUUUUUUUAAUCCCCCUUGUGUUUGGUGUUUGAAUACUUUUAAUAGCGCCGUUUGGUUUCAGCUGUCUGUUGUCUGCUAAAUCAAGAUUUCUUGCUUUUCGUGAUCGAUUAGCUGUAUGGGGUUGUGCUUUUAAGGGGUUAGAGUCUGUGUUUUCUGUCAAAAGGGGGUGAUUCUUGUUUUUGCACACAAAGUGUUUGAACUAUUGUCUAGCUGAAAUUUUGAGGGGAAUUGUGACUGUGGGAGAUGCCGAUGUCUUGUAAGGAUAGUCACAUGGAUAACGGCAAGUAUGUGAGGUACACGCCCGAGCAGGUCGAUGCCCUCGAGAGGCUGUACCACGAUUGCCCUAAACCCAGCUCCGUUCGCCGUCAGCAGCUUAUUCGUGAAUGCCCCAUUUUAUCCAACAUUGAGCCUAAGCAAAUCAAAGUUUGGUUCCAAAACAGAAGAUGCAGGGAGAAGCAAAGGAAGGAGGCUUCAAGGCUUCAAGGUGUAAAUAGGAAGCUGACAGCCAUGAAUAAACUCUUGAUGGAGGAAAACGAUAGGCUGCAGAAACAAGUAUCGCAACUUGUUUACGAAAACAGCUAUUUUCGCCAGCAUACUCCAAGUAAUGCACUUGCUACAAAAGAUACAAGCUGUGAAUCAGUGGUGACCGGUGGUCAACAAAACCACUUGACACCUCAGCAUACUCCUAGAGAUGCAAGUCCUGCAGGGCUUUUGUCCAUUGCAGAAGAAACUUUAACAGAGUUUCUUUCAAAGGCCACCGGAACCGCUGUUGAGUGGGUCCAAAUGCCUGGAAUGAAGCCUGGUCCGGAUUCCAUUGGAAUCGUAGCUAUUUCUCAUGGUUGCACUGGAGUGGCAGCUAGAGCUUGUGGUCUGGUUGGUCUAGAGCCCACCAGAGUUGCAGAAAUCCUCAAAGAUCGGCCUUCUUGGUUUCGAGAUUGCCGAGCUGUGGAAGUUCUCAACGUGCUGCCUACUCCCAAUGGUGGAACCACUGAACUUUUAUAUACGCAGUUAUAUGCGCCGACAACUUUGGCGCCAGGUCGUGAUUUUUGGCUGUUGCGGUAUACUUCAGUCAUGGAUGAUGGCAGUUUAGUGGUUUGUGAAAGAUCGCUUAGCAAUACUCAAAACGGUCCGAGCAUGCCAGCUGUGCAAAACUUUGUGAGGGCAGAGAUGUUGCCUAGUGGUUACCUAAUUAGACCUUGUGACGGAGGAGGAUCCAUUAUCCACAUUGUCGAUCACAUGAAUUUGGAGGCAUGGAAUGUUCCUGAGGUGCUUCGUCCACUCUAUGAAUCAUCAACGGUGCUCGCUCAAAAGGUCACCAUGGCGGCUCUGCGUCAUCUUAAGCAAAUAGCCCAGGACAUUUCACAGUCGAGCAACGUAAGCAACUGGGGCAGAAGACCAGCCGCUCUACGAGCACUUAGCCAUCGUUUGAGCAGGGGAUUUAACGAGGCUCUUAAUGGAUUCGGCGAUGACGGGUGGUCGUUGAUAGGGAAUGAUGGCAUGGAUGAUGUCACCAUUCUCGUCAACUCCAAUCCCGAAAAAUUGAUGGGCUUAAAUAUCUCCUUCACAAAUGGAUAUACCUCGAUUUCCAAUUCCGUCUUGUGUGCCAAAGCGUCUAUGCUUUUGCAGAAUGUACCACCGGCGAUAUUACUCCGGUUUUUGAGGGAGCACAGGUCAGAAUGGGCAGACAACUUUGAUACUUACUCAGCAGCUGCAGUUAAAAUUGGUCCCUCUAAUUUCUUAGGAACUCGAGUUGCUAAUUUCGGGGGUCAAGUUGUGCUUCCGUUGGCUCAGACGAUUGAGCAUGAAGAGCUCCUGGAGGUUAUUAAACUAGAAGGUGUUGGCCAAUCUCCUGAAGAUUCAAUGAUGCCUAGGGAUUUGUUCCUUUUGCAGCUAUGUAGUGGAAUGGAUGAAAACGCAGUGGGUACAUGUGGCGAACUCAUAUUCGCUCCCAUCGAUGCCUCGUUUGUCGAAGAUGCUCCUCUCCUUCCUUCUGGUUUCCGCAUCAUUCCUCUCGACCCUGGCAAGGACGCCUCGAGUCCAAAUCGCACAUUGGACCUUGCUUCUGCUCUCGAAACAGGCAAUAAACCGUCGAGUGAUCUCGCUGUAACAAACGGGAAUUCGAGAUCUGUAAUGACAAUUGCUUUUCAGUUUGCGUUCGAGAACCACAUGCAAGAAAACGUUGCAUGUGGGGCCCGGCAAUAUGUACGCAGUAUUAUAUCAUCUGUUCAAAGGGUGGCAUUGGCUCUCUCUUCGACUAACUUGGGUCCUAAUUCUGGUCUUCGGUCAAUGCUUGGUGGUACUACUCCUGAAGCUCAUACCCUCGCUCGUUGGAUUUGCCAAAGUUACAGGAACUAUAUGGGCGACGAGCUUCUCAAACCUAACGGUGAAGGGAGCGAAUCCAUUCUUAAAGCUUUAUGGCAUCACUCAGACGCCAUUUUGUGCUGCUCCUUAAAGGCAGUGCCUGUUUUUACGUUUGCAAACCAGGCUGGUCUAGACAUGCUCGAAACAACCUUGGUCGCUCUUCAAGACAUAUCUUUGGAGAAGAUAUUCGAUGAUCAUGGAAGGAAAAAUCUCUGCUCCGAGUUUCCACAAAUCAUGAAUCAGGGUUUUGCGACUCUUCAAGGUGGCAUAUGUUUGUCGAGCAUGAGCAGACCCAUCUCGUACGAGAGAUCCGUGGCGUGGAAGGUUCUAGAUGAAGAUGCUAAUCCCCAUUGCUUCUGCUUCAUGUUUGUCAACUGGUCUUUGGUUUGACUUUGUCUUCUUGUCCAUAGCUUUAUUAGAAUCAGAAACGCAUCCAAAGUUUUUUUUUCUUCUUUCCUUUCGAUCGGUGUUUAUUGCACAAAACCUCGUCUGUUUGAUCUUUCUUUAGCUUUUGUUUCUUGAAACAUGUUGUUUGUGGGCAUUCUGUACCUCUGUUUUUUGUCUAAAUUUGGAUCUCUGUUUCAGUAUGUUUUUCAUUUCUGCAAUUAAUUCAUUUACACUCGUCU